GCUGUGACAAACCCCCCCCCCUCUCUCUCUCUCUCUCUCACACACACACAUCCGCCGCAAACAUGGCAGACGAGUUGUUGGAUGUUGUUGACAUCGAGGGAGAUGAAUGUGAUGAAAGAGUCGGGGACUUGAACAGUGCAGAGAUUCUCCAGGAUCAGUAUUUACAGUCUGCCUGGAAGAAAAACAGCAGUAUACUGCCGUGGACGCUGGACAGCUCCAUCAGCGAUGAGAACAGAGAGGCCAUUGAGAGCAUGCUGCUGGAGGAACAGUAUUAUUUUGCCAGUAAAAAAGCACCAAAGGUGGCAUGGACCAAUGAGAAGACUAAAGUAAAAAAGGCAUUGGUGAAGAGUUCUGGAGCUCAGACUCGUUGGGUUGAAGAGGAGAAAGAUCUCUUUGAGAAAGGACUGGCUCAGUUUGGCCGUAGGUGGACAAAGAUCGCCAAACUAAUCGGCACUAGGACAGUUCUGCAGGUGAAGAGCUAUGCUAAGCAGUACUUCAAAAAUAAGUCUAAAACAGACACACCAGCCAAAGUGCCCUCGUCUAAUGUGACUUCAGACACCAUGUCGGUCCCCUCGAUCCAGCCUCAUGUCUCAGCCCUGACCAAUGCUGUGCGCAUCGAGCAACUUUCUGAUGAUGAAGAUGUUGACAUCACCGAUGACUGCAGUGACGAUGGGCUUCAGUGUGAAAACCAGCCAGAGCCCCCAGGCUCCCCAGAGUGCAACCACAAAGAAGAACUCAGUCCAAUGCCACAUCCGUUAGACGUACUUUUAAACCCUGUGUCUGAAUCAGGAAGCACAGCUGAAGAUGGAGCCACUGAGCCAGUUACAAAUGGAAACGCUGGCAUUAUUACUCAUAUUGAGAUUGAUUCUGAACCUGAAGAGGAAAGUGGGACGCGCUUCUCUAAAUCAGGCAGCCCAGGCAAACACAGCCUGUCUGAGGAGGAGAGCACUGAAAGAGAAGAUAAGACUGAAUCAGGUGGAAGUCCUGAGGAGGAGGUGGAGGAAGACCAGGAGGAGCUCAGAGCUCCUGAUCAGGAGGUUGUACUGGACCUAAACACCAUCACAGAGGAGGAGAAGCAAGCCUUCCCAGAAUUCUUUGAGGGGCGUCCAUCAAAAACCCCAGAGAGAUAUCUAAAAAUCCGCAAUUACAUCCUGGACCAGUGGGGGAGAAGUAGACCCAAAUACCUGAACAAGACUUCGGUGCGUCCAGGCUUGAAGAAUUGUGGGGAUGUCAACUGCAUCGGUCGGAUACACACCUACCUGGAGCUCAUUGGAGCUAUUAACUUCAACUGCGGUAAUGGGAAAACAGAGAGAGUGUGGGGGUGUAAUCUUGCCCAGAGACUGCAGUCUAUGCGCACAAGGAAGCGGCGCAUUCGGGACAUGUGGGGGAAUUGGUGUGAUGUUAAAGAUCUAGAGGGUCAGACGUAUGAGCAUCUGAGCGCAGAGGAGCUGGCUAUCAGAAGAGAGGAGAUGAAGAAGAAAGGACCAAAACCAUCUAAACUACCCAAACAGAGAGGACUGGUUCGAAAGACUGUGUCGAUGACGUUUGAGGCUACAGACGUCACAAUAAAACACCUGAAGCGAGAUCAACAUGUAUGGGCCACCCUAGUGAUAACACUGCAGUUUAUUUUGUUGUAUAAAAAUGAAUUUCAUCAGACUUAUUUUGUCUGUUGUGUCUCGUCUCAGGAACCAUACAAAGUGAUAGUUUGUGCUGAGGCUCUUGUUGUCAUGGAUAUACAUGCUCAUGUAUCCAUGGGAGAGGUGAUUGGCCUUUUAGGAGGAGCAUAUGAAGAGGAAGAGAAGGUGUUAAAGAUCUGUGCAGCAGAGCCAUGUAACAGCUUGAGCACAGGUCUGCAGUGUGAGAUGGACCCUGUCUCUCAGACUCAGGCCUCGGAGCUGCUCGGGGUCAAAGGUCACAGUGUGGUGGGAUGGUACCACUCUCAUCCAGCCUUCGACCCCAACCCCUCCCUCAGAGACAUUGACACUCAGGCCAAAUACCAGAGUUAUUUCUCUCGAGGAGGUGCUCCGUUCAUCGGGAUGAUUGUCAGCCCGUAUAACUCAAGUAACCCAUCUCCCCUGUCUCAGACCACCUGUCUGCUGGUCCAGGAGGAGACCGGACCCUCUGGACCUCAGAGGUUUCCAUACCGGUUUAACAUCCAGUACUCAUCUGAGCUUCCUGAUUGGUCAGAAGUGAUGAGAAGAGCAGAAUGGGUGGUGUUCAAGUACAGGCUGUCUCAUGGGUGAGCUGUGUGUAGGAUUUUACGGGGUCUUUCUUGUAUGGUGUGCCUGGAAAAGAUGCUUACAUCAAUCCGGAAGACUUUGGAGCAGGUCUCAGAGAUUGAUAUAGAGACUUUCCUGGUACAGAUAGAAACCUUGUUUAAUACACAUUUUGUCCCUGAGACCGGCUCUUCCUCCUUUCAUCUUCAUGAAACAGCAACACAUCCUCAGUUACUGUCAUUCAUCUCCUCUGAGCCAAUCAACAGCAGCCAUGCCACGGAUGAGACGUGUGUUACUGAGUCUGACAGCCCAGAUGAAUUGUACACUACAAGACCUGUCAACCACGUUAAAAGCUGUAAUGAAGAAGAGGAUGCACCUGUUACACAGUCUAUCAGCCCUGUGUAAAUACUGCUACUGCAGAGGACACAUGUAUCAUUCACACAUUGUACAAAAUUAUGUGUAACAUUGCAUUCAUGUAGAUUUUUAUUAUAUACGUUUUAUAAUAUAGUUUUCAUAAAAGUUGAGUUUAACCACAAAGCUCUAUUUAAAGUGAAGGUUUAAACGUAAUACUUUUUUUUUUUUUGUAGUUUGAUGUAAUAUUUUGAGU